AUGGAGAGGAUGAUUAUUUUCUGUACACUCUUCUUCUGUUCCAGUAUGGCGCUGACUGCAGCUCCACACAAAAUAGCAAAAUACAAACAGAUUUUCAAGACAAUUAAUCUGUUAGAAACCACAGUGAAAGAUAAGGACGUUGAAUUGCUGCAUACACCAGAAAACCCUGCGGAGGAAUGCCUGUCCACAGCUGUGACCUGCUUCCAGAAGGGCACACUGAAAUUACAACCAGAAAACAGCACAGUAAAUGCUACAUUCACCCAAACCAUUAAAACCUUGAAAAGAUUCACCCUCAGCAGCCGUGGAAAGUGUGAGUCUUCGUGCGAAUCUUAUGAGAAAAAGUCCCCCAAAGAGUUUUUGAAGAGCUUUGCAAAACUUAUCCAACAGCUGUUUCAGAACUCCUCAGUAACUACCGAUAGUGGCCUGCUACUAUUUGUUUUAAAAUGUUGUUCCACUGACAUUUUUUAG